AUGGCUCCAAAGAAGGAAAAGGCCCCUCCACCGUCCUCCAAGCCAGCCAAAUCUGGUGGUGGCAAGCAGAAGAAGAAGAAGUGGAGCAAAGGAAAACAAAAGGAGAAGGUCAACAACAUGGUGCUCUUUGAUCAGGGUACCUAUGACAAGCUACUAACUGAAGCACCCAAAUAUAAGCUCAUCACACCUUCAAUUCUCUCUGAUCGUUUGAGGGUUAAUGGUUCACUUGCAAGGAGGGCUAUAAGGGACUUGAUGGCUAAAGGAUUAAUCAGGUUGGUAUCUGCCCAUGCAAGUCAGCAGAUUUACACAAGGGCUACUAACACCUAA